CGCGCAGCGGCGGCAGCGCCAUGGGGCUGGAGACGGAGAAAGUGGACACCCGCAUCUUCAUGGACGACGACGACAACUUCCCGCGGAGCGGCGGCCCCGCGCUGUCGGAGGCGGAGAAAUGCGCGGAGGACGAGCUGGACCGCGACCCCCACGGGCUGAACUCCCACCUGCAGCUGGGCUUCGAGGAUGUGAUCGCGGAGCCCGAGCUCACCCACUCCUUCGACAAGGUCUGGAUCUGCAGCCACGCUCUGUUUGAGCUCAGCAAGUACGUGAUCUACAAGGUCCUGACUCUGGUCCUCGCCAUACCGCUGGCCCUGGUUGUGGGGAUCGUCUUCGCGACACUCAGCUGCCUCCACAUCUGGGUUGUGGUGCCUUUUGUGAAAACCUGUCUCAUGGUCCUGCCUUCAGUGCAAACUGUAUGGAAGAGCCUGACAGAUGUUUUCGUUGUACCAUUCUUUCAGAGCCUAGGGCGGUGCUUUGCCAUGGUUAAUAUACGCCUGGACCAAGAGUAAACAUCAGAGAUGUGACACUGCUGUAGUGUAGCUGGUGUUAUACUUCUUUGCUAACCUAACAUAGAAGCACUUACCAUUCAUUCCAAACUGUUAAAUUACAAUGGCUGGUUUAAGUGGGAACAUGCUGUUUUUAUGAAAACUCAUUUAUUAUCAGGGAGAUCCAUUUAAGAAUUAGUAGGCAGUUUUCAAAGCUCACUAUAUUAACAACAGAGUGAUCCUGGAGUAUAUUGGCAACACUUUAUUUUAAUGGCAGGUUGAUUGAUUGGUUACAGGAGAAUUCUCAUGGAGGAUUAAAAGCCAUCACAGUGAUAAUGAUUGGUAUUAUUACUAUAGAUAAAUUAAUGAAUAGGCAUAGAUACCUUAGACAAAACUGAUCUCUAGGGUUUCACAUUGACUUUACUGCAGUUCCACCAGGGAUCAUGUUUGGCCUCACUAUGCAGAAUGAUAAACCCAGUCCUCUGUUAUCAGCAGUUAAAGUGAACGUGACUCAUUGCAGAAACAUACAAGGAAAGGAAUUGUUGUGCAAUUCUCCUAUAUUGGGGGGUGGGGGGCGGGGAAGCUCCCUAGAAGUUUAUCCCUUAAAAUAAGGUGUUAGCUAAUGAUCUAUAAAGUUAGCUAAUCUGUAUAUUUUAUUUAAUGAGAGGUUAACUUUGCUGUAUAUUUUGUACCUUUGUAAAUGACAGUUGAUCAGGUUUUUAUGAAACAUAGUUUCUCUAGUAUUUGAAUUCUAACCAACUUACUAAGCAGCAAGAGUGAGACUGCAAAAAUUACUUUAGAUAACUAAAAUUUUCUUUUCUAAAUUAAGUAGAUUUUGAGUGUUGCUGUGCAAUUCUAAUAUAUUAAUUAUAUAUGAUUGUGUGUAAAAGCAAAGAUUGUAGGUGUUUUCAUACACGAUUAUGCAAAAGACUUGGAAAUAUCUGUUUAUGAGAAAUGAUUUUUAUUAAAAAUUGGGUGUAAUAAAUGCUACCCUGCCUAUUUCUGUAUAUUAUUGGUGUAAACAUUGUGAUAUUUAAAGUGAUAGACACUAUGCUAGCACUUUAACUAGGUGGCAAGCUCUUAUAGAAGGAGAGUGUAUUCAGUAUCCUUGUCUAAUUCUCCUCACCUAUUGACUUGACUCUCUCUGUUGCUUAUUUACUAUUUCAAAGCCUAACCCCUGAAAAAAGAUCAUUCUUUCUUCUGCACCUGUUAUGAAUUUUUAAACCAGAAUAACAGAAUGCGUGCAGAGGUACAUUAAAAUUACAUCAACCUUCUGGUGGGCUUAUGCUGCUGUUUUAUUUAAAUACAGAUGGUAAGUUGCAAUUGUAAAAUGUUUGUAUUAUUUAGAAUGUUAUUUUCUAAAGUGAUGUUUCAAAUUUCUUAUCAAACGAGAGGUAUCUAAUAAAAUAAUAACGUCAGCUGUU